UCCGCCUUCUCUGGAAAGCAGGCCGGGAAGCCCGUGGUGCACAUCGCUUGCGGGAGCACUUGCAGUGCGGCCAUCACUGCUGAGGGGGGAGCUGUACACCUGGGGCCGCGGGAACUACGGCCAGCUGGGCCAUGGCUCCAGUGAGGACGAGGCCAUUCCGAUGCUGGUAGCUGGGCUUAAAGGACUGAAGGUCAUCGAUGUGGCGUGUGGGAGUGGGGACGCUCAAACCCUGGCUGUCACUGAGAACGGGCAAGUGUGGUCUUGGGGAGAUGGUGACUAUGAGAAAUUGGGCAGAGGUGGUAGUGAUGGCUGCAAAACUCCAAAGCUGAUUGAAAAGCUUCAAGACUUGGAUGUGGUCAAAGUCCGCUGUGGAAGUCAGUUUUCCAUUGCUUUGAUGAAAAGUGGCCAAGUUUAUUCAUGGAGAAAAGGUGACAACCAGAGACUCGGGCACAGAACAGAGGAACAUGUUCGUUAUCCAAAACUCUUAGAAGGCUUGCAAGGGAAGAAGGUGAUUGAUGUGGCUGCAGGCUCCACCCACUGCCUGGCUCUGACUGAGGACAGCGAGGUCCACAGCUGGAGGAGCAACGACCAGUGCCAGCACUUUGACACCUUGUGCGUGACCAAGCCAGAACCUGCAGCAUUGCCAGGACUGGACGCCAAACACAUAGUGGGAAUUACCUGUGGGCCUGCCCAGAGCUGUGCUUGGUCAUCGUGUUCUGAGUGGUCCAUUGGCCUCCGUGUCCCUUUUGGGGUGGACAUUUGCUCAGUGACUUUUAAGCAGCUGGAUCUCCUGCUGCAGCAGGUGAGUGAGGGGAUGGACAGCUCCGCGGACUGGCCCCCGCCCCAGGAGAAAGAGUGCGUGGCCGUGGCAAUGCUGAAUCUUCCCCGACUUCUGUUGCAUGCUGCCAUUAGUCACCAGGUUGACCCGGAAUUCCUUGGUUUAGGUCUGGGCAGCAUCCUCCUGAACAGCCUGAAGCAGACGGUGGUGACCCCGGCCAGCAGCACAGGCGUGCUGAGCACCGUGCAUUCAGCCUCCCAGGCCAUGCUGCAGAGCGGCUGGUCCGUGCUGCUGCCCACUGCCGAGAAGCAGGCCCGGGCGCUCUCUGCUCUCCUGCCCUGCGCAGUUUCAGGCAAUGAAGUGAACAUAAGUCCAGGUUGUCGAUUCAUGAUUGAUCUUCUGGUGGGCAGCUUGAUGGCUGCUGGAGGGUUGGAGUCAGCCUUACACGCAGCCAUUACUGCAGAGAUCCAGGAUAUUGAAGCCAAACAAGAAGCACAGAAGGAAAAAGAAAUUGAUGAACAGGAAGCAAAUGCCUCAGCAUUUCAUAGAAGCAGGACUCCAUUGGAUAAAGACCUUAUUAAUAUGGGGAUCUGUGAGUCUUCUGGCAAACAGUGUUUGCCUCUGGUUCAGCUCAUACAACAGCGUCUUAGAGACUCACUCUGUUGCCUAGACUGGAGUUCAGUGGCACAAUCUCAGCUCACUGCAGCCUCUGCCUCCUGGGUUCAAAUGAUUCUUCUGCCUCAACCUCCUGAGUGGCUGGGACUACAGAUGCAUGCCACCAUACCUGGCUAAUUUGUGUAUUUUUAGUAGAGAUGGGGUUUCACGAUGUUGGCCGGGAUGGUCUUGAACUCCCAACCUCAGGUAAUCUGCCCGCCUCAGCCUCCCAAAGUGUUGGGAUUACAGGCAUGAGCCACCGCACCUGGCCAUGUUUAUCAAUACGACUAAGCUCAUUUUGAAUUGCACCUGUGGCUCCACUGGUGUCCUGGGCAGGUGGCUCUGUGGUGUCCACACAGGUUGUCUGCUGUGUCUUCAUCUUCGCUGCACGUGACUUUUUGGUUCCUGUGGCACGUGGAGUCCUGUAUGGGACAUUGGUUCUACAGUAGAUUUAUAAUAAGGAUGUACCUACUAAAAAAUACAAAAUAAAAAGAAUAGAAACAAACAUAGAAAUAAGUAUCACCUCACAAAAAUUUUGGAAAGUAGAAAAAGGAAGAUGCAUUCACAGCUUUUCAGUAGCCGAUAUCCAGGCUGUCUUCAUAAGCAUGGAUAACGUGUCCCUCUCCUGCAUGGAUAGACACCGUUUUCUCACCUUAAGUGUUUGUGAUUGAAGGAUUCUUGAUGUGUUGACUUGGAGGAUGCAGUUGUUGAACAGUAGUUUAUCUAAAGAUUGUAAGAAACUUUUGGAAACAUUUCAUGUCCUUUUUUCCCUUGGAAAACGUGGGUUGAAGAAAUCGCCGCUUGCCAAAAAUAAGCCGUGAAACGGAUUUCAGAGCAACUCUAGUUACAUGCUGGCGAGGAGCCACGGAAUACCAUUUACAUUUGAAAAUAGAGGGCUGUGAAGUUUUUAUAAGUAGUGAACCCCGUCAGAAUUGCACAUUUUGAUUAUGGCUCUAAAUUUUAUAUUAAAGAAAUAAAAAUUUUAUCGUAUUUUA